CUCUCAAAAAGUUUAUUAGCUGUGCAAACAUACCCUCUUCUUCAAAAACAAUAAUUAAAAGAUGUCAUUGGCUAAAAAAGUUAUCACCUUCGUUUGAUAUUUUGAAUAUAUCGAGCAUAGAUUUUCAAAAAUACUAAACAACAUAAAAUUGGAGCAUCUUGUUGCAAAUCAACGAGCGCCAUGAAAUUAGCGGCAGCACAAAUUUUCCCCCAAAUCCCACACCUCCACAACCCAAAACUCCCCCCUCCGUCUACCACCCACCACCCCAUCCACAAACGCCUUUCUCCGCUCAAUUCCAACAAAUCCCCCUCACCCGCCACCAAAUCCGCCGCCGCCGACGACGGAAUCCCAAUCGAACACGUCAAAACCCUAGUAAAAUUCAAAUCUCGGCACAACUACAUCCGCGUGAUCCAAGUCUCGAGGGCGGCAGACCACCCGCUCGCCGGCUCCCGCCUCCUCCUCCUCGACGCCCCCGGCAACAUCCACAGCAUCUCCUACAUCUUCAAAUCCCUCACCAACGCCUACUUCGACGUCUUCGCCACUCUACCCCCAAUCCUCCCGCCCGGACCCCUCGCAAUUCUCGGAUUCGGAGCCGGAUCGGCCGCCCGACUCAUCCUCGAGCUCUACCCCGAAGCCGCGAUCCGCGGCUGGGAGCUCGACCCCUCCGUCCUCGCCGUCGCUAGAGAGUACUUCGGCCUCGAGAAGCUCGAGAAGAAGUACUCGGAGCGGCUGAAGAUUUACACUGGAAACGCGCUGAAUUUGGGCGAGAAGGAGAAAUUCGCGGGAAUCCUGAUCGAUUUGUUCAGCAAGGGCUGCGUGAUUCCGGAGCUGCAGGAUGCUGCGACGUGGGAGAAGCUGCGGAGGAGGUUGAGUGAGGGCGGGAGGAUGAUGGUGAAUGUGGGGGGGAGCUGCGUGGAGCCGGAGGAUAUACGGAGAGAUGGGAGCGUCAUAAUGGAGGAGACUUUGAGGGCGAUGUACGAGGUGUUUCCCGGCGAGGUUUUCGUGCUGAGCCUCGACAAUCGCAAGGAUGACAGCGCGGUUGCGAUGACGGGCAGGUUGCCGGACGCCGGCGAGUGGAGGAAGAAGCUGCCGCGGCCGGUGAAGUUCUAUGUAGAUAUGUGGCAGCCUUAUCGAAGUCUAUAAAUUGUGGUGGAUAUUGUUGCAUCUUAGGUGUUUGAUGAUUUGCUUCUCAGGCAGCUCAACUAAUUCAACGGAUUUUUAGUCAUUGAGAUAUCUGAACGGGAAUUCCAAGAGGAAUCAGGCCUUACCUCAGACCUCCAGCUCAAGAGCGCGCUCGCUCAUUGAUCUGUCUGCACCACCACGGGCAACGACCGCGCCGAUUUUUUCGUUUUGUCUUUGUUUGAGUUGUGGAUUGUGAUCAAUUUAAGAACACACCAAUUUUACCUUUGGUUUGUCUAUUGAAUGUAAGUGUUGAAAGGGGUGGAUUUCUUCUUGAGAUAGGAGAAUGUAUUUGGAAUGUGGAUUAUUUUCUUUUUGCAGAUGAGUUGGCAGUUGUUGUGAUCGGCGAAAAAUGAUCAAUUUAAAAGCAAAAUGAUUCC